AGCCGACGGGCUCCUCCAUCUUCCUCCUCGUCCUCUUCGUGUGUUUCUUAGAAGUUAGAAGAAACCCUAGAAAAUCUAGGACAAGAGAUAGUUACCCAAUGGCAACUUUGGCGGCAGCUGCAGCUCGUAAAGUUUCGACUAUAGCUCGAACAACAAAUCCAGGCCAUGCCGCCUCUCUUAUUCCUCGCCGUGGUCUUGCAGGCGCUGCAGAUCACCACGGCCCUCCAAAGGUUAACUGUUGGCAAGCCCCAAUGAACCCAGCUCAGUGGAAAGAAGAACAUUUUGUCAUUGUAUCAUUAUCUGGCUGGGGUCUACUUAUCUAUGGGGGAUACAAUUUCUUUACGGGAGGCAAAGCCAAGAAGGAAGAGAAGCCUGUGGAAGCAGUGCAUUGAGACUUUAAAAUUGUAUUUUCUCUGAAUAUCCAUGGCAAUAAUGUGGAAUGGCUGGAGCUUUCAUGUAUUGAGAUCUCUUUUUCUUAAUUAGCAGGUGAUUCUGCUUUCCAGUUUACAGUUUCCUAUUUUUACUGAAUGAUGAACUACACUCUGCUAUGGUGAAAAACUGCUUCUUUUAUAGACUUGCCCUUUCAAGAUUUUCUUAACAUUUUCUAUAUAAUCUAAUAAUGGAUGCUAUCAUUUUUUGACAUCCAAUACUUGUUGAGAGCUCUUUUGCAUUGACCUGACUCAAACCAUGUUCGUCGAGGAGAUCCUCAAUAAGUUUAAAAUGAUAAG